UGCGCCCCUUUCUCAGCGACGACGGUUCUGCUGGUCUCAAUUCCCCACACUCGCCAGAUGGACAACAAAGAGGAGAAGCAAAAUGCAACAUGAUACCUUCUGGGAGCAAAAGGCGGCAAUGGUCUGAGAAAGAAGAGGGGGCGUUGAUUGAAGCUCUUCACGAAUUAUGCAGAGCUGGAUGGAAAACAGACAAUGGUGUCUUUAGAACUGGAUAUGCAGCUGCUUUGGAGAAAGCAAUGGAAAGUAAGGUUCCUGGUAGCAAUCUCAAGGCCAGCCCUCAUAUUGAUUCAAGGCUGAAAGUAUUUAAGAAGCACUGUUGUGCUAUAGCUGAUAUGAAAGGUGCAGCUGGUAUUCAUUGGGACAAUGAGGACCACAUGGUGCUGUGUGACAAUGAUGAUGUAUGGCAGCAAUGGGUUGAGAGUCACCCAUAUGCCAAGGGGUUAAGAAACAAGCCAUUUCCUUACUAUGAUGACCUCUGUAUCAUUUUUGGCAAGAAUGAAACAAAUGGAAAAGGUGUUGAAAUGGCAACUGGUGGUGCCAAAGCCUUGGGUCAUAAGGUUGCAAAUAAUGAUGAAGAGAAUGGGAUAGGAUCAGGUGGAUCCAGUGACACUGAUGUUCUCAUACAUGAUGUUCAAUCACUUCAAGUGCCAGUGCAAGAUAGUUCAAAGUCUACCCCCUCUAAAAAACGGAAACGCUGUGGCAAUUGCUUGUCAUCAGAAGUAGAGGAGUUGACCAAGAUGUUGGGGACAUUCCUUGAGCAAAAUAAGGGGCUACUUGCUGUAUUCACUACACUGCUUAAAGCUAAGGCAGCAGCAGCUGAAAAAAGAGCAAAGCUGAAUGGAGAGUUGAUGAAAUUAUCUCUUAAUUUACAAGCGCGACUUCGAGCGGCAUACAUGAUUGUCUGUGAUCCUGCAAAAGUUGACCUCUUUUUCAGCCUUCCUGAUGAUGAAAAGGCAGAGUGGGUAUCAAUGCUGCUCUUAGGUUUGGUUUAGUGUUAUGCUCUUUUCUUUAUAUAUUUAUUUUGAACACAUUUUUGGGCUGAGUAGCCUGACUUAUGUACUUCUAGUGUUGUUUAUUUUCAGUUCUUGGCUUUAUUUGGCUAAAUCUUAGUAUCAAAUGGCUUUGCUUUUGUUAUUCUCGGAGCCUAUGAUUUGGGGUUUAACCCCAUAUUCUGAUGUUUGUUUAUUUUAUUGUCUGUUUUGGAAUUUGGAUGGGCUAAAUGAAUCCUUGUAUGGCAGGCAUUAAUUAAUUAGCGAGGACCUGUUUCUACCAGAUGAUGGUUCCCUUUACAACACUAAAGGCACAAAAACAAACAUCACAACAACCAAUCUGUUUCAUACGAAAAUCAUUGGAUGGUGUGCUGGCUGAGAAUAUGUAUGUUCAAUGAGAUCAUUAUUGUGGUUUACAUGCAAACUCUGUAGAAGUAGCUAGAAGGCACACUAGACAGUCCAGGAAUAUGAUACAGAAAUUAAAACAUUACAUAUUCAUGUACUUAAGAUACUAGCCAAGCCAUUAAGCUAGGCCGCACACUUCAGUUUUUUAUGAAGACUUUGAUAACAUCAGAUGUCUCUUCCUCAAGGCCCUUCAUCAGCCAUGGACCUUUCUGGUAGCCCCUAUUCUCGGUAUUGCAAACCUGCUGGUGGUGACAAUUGUUAGCAGAGGUGUGAUGCUCAUACGUCACCACCUGCACCACCCUGGUUCUCACAGGAACAUGUACUUCAUGGAAACGGUGCAUGACCACAAAAUCAUUGUUAGAGUUGAUAGGCAACUUUUCACUGUGGUGCCAGCCGUUUUGGUGACUGCUAUUGACAUGCCAUCCCCCUGAUUGCAGAGUGUGGCCUUCCUUAAACAUGAUAGGGGGGUCGUCCAACAGCUGUGGAAAUUCGAUACGUGGCUUUAGCAGCAGUUGCGGACCUGAAACAUGAUUGAUGGAGUCAUUUUCUGAGUGCCAUUCCCUCGGGUGCAGAGUAUGGCCUUCCUUAAACAUGAUAUGGGGGUCGUCCAACAGCUGAGGAAAAUCAAUACGUGGCUUUAGCAGCAGUUGCGUACCUGAAACAUGAUUGUUGGAGUCAUUUGCUGAGUGCCAUUCCCUCAGGUGCAGAGUGUGGCCUUCCUUAAACAUGAUGUGGGGGUCGUCCAACAGCUGAGGAGAAUCAAUACAUGGCUUCACCAGCAGUUGCGUGCCUGAAACAUGAUUGUUGGAGUCAUUUGCUGAGUGCCAUUCCCUCCUGUGUAGGAUACAGCGCUGCUGUUGGAAGCGGACACCCUGUUGCAUUCGGUUCUUCUGAUACCUAACAACUAAUCUUUGAUGGUUAAUG